UUUAUUUGUCUAUAAUGUGAAAAGUGUGUGCGCAUUAAACAUUUCAUGUACUCUUUUAUAAACUAUUUAAUUCUUUAUAACGACUAAACAUUUAACGAUAAACGAUAUAAAAUAAAAUAGAAAAUGUCAAGCUUACAGAAAUCUAUGAUGAAAUCGCAUUUGCCACCAAUGGUACCAGUGUCCGCUGCCAGAGAUGGUGGUAAUCGAAAGGGUCGUCAAAAGGACUAUGUGCCAACCAUGUGGAAUGAAUAUUUUGAAGAAAAAGAGGAUGUCAGUCUGAACGAUGACCAAACAUUUCGUGUUUAUUUUUCGAAAAGAGACAAGGAAAACCAGAAACCAUUGCUUGUUCUAUUGCAUGGCGGUGGUUAUAAUGCAUUAACUUGGUCACAUUUUACGACUGAAAUAACGGCGAUUAUAGAUUGUCAGUGUUUGGCAAUCGAUUUAAGAGGUCAUGGUGAUUCACGUGUUGCAAACGAAUCCGAUUUGUCGGCUAAUACACUUGCCAAUGAUGUUGGUGAGAUCAUAUCAAAAUUGUAUCCUGAAUCGGCACCACCAAUAAUGCUCAUCGGGCAUAGUAUGGGUGGAGCAAUUUGUGUUCACAUUGCGUCGUUGGAACUGAUACCAUCGCUAAUUGGUUGCGUGGUCAUCGAUGUUGUUGAAGGAACCGCAAUGGAAGCAUUGGCCAGUAUGCAAAGUUUUUUACGUUCACGACCGCAAUAUUUCAAAAGCAUUCAACAGGCAAUUGAAUGGAGCAUUCGAAGUGGCCAAAUUCGAAAUGCAGCAUCGGCCAAAGUCUCAAUGCCAGGACAAAUUAUAAAUAUUGAAACUGGAAAGUUAGCUACAAAUGAAUUACCAUUGAGCGAUGCACACAGUGAUACAAGCUCAAGUGAUUCUAUCUCAGUGUUCAACCAUUCGACCAUUGCCGAAGACGAAGAAAUUGACAAUGCAUCACAACCACAAAAUCAGCAAUCACAUUCAAAUGAAAAGAAGUACACAUGGAGAAUUAAUUUAUCGAAAUCGGAACAGUAUUGGAGCGGAUGGUUCGAUAAGCUUAGUGAGAAAUUCCUAAAUCUUCGCGUACCCAAAUUGCUACUGCUGGCAAGCAUUGAUGGAUUGGAUAGAAUGCUUACUGUUGGACAAAUGCAAGGGAAGUUUCAGCUGCAAGUUUUGGCUCGUUGUGGCCAUGCUGUGCACGAGGAUCGUCCUUCGGAAGUGGCCGAAGUAAUCGCCAGUUACAUGAUUCGCAAUAAAUUUGCCGAAACAACCGGUGACUUCAAGCAGCAUCCACCCUGCUGUUAACAUCCUUGAUUUCUUUCAUUUUUUUCCCCCUUACAUUAAAGUAUAUCAGUUUUUUUGUGCUCUACUCAUUUUUAUUUAUGCUUUAAUUAUUAUUAUAUCAUUCAUUUAAAAAAGUUUUCAAUAAAUACCGUACCAACAUGAUCUACA